AUGCAAAAUAAUAAAAGAAUGGAUAAUUAUAAUUGUAGAGGUUUUAAAAAGGAAGAAUAUUAUAAAAAUUAUUACUAUAACCAGGAUCAUUAUAUGAACAAUAACAAUAAUAAUUUAUACAAUAAAUAUAAUUCAUAUGAUGAGGAAUAUACAUAUAACAAAAGUAGUAAUAAAAAGAAUUUAUUAUUUAAUUAUUAUAACAAAGAAAGUAUUGGACAUAAAAAAAAAAAAGGGAGUUUUGUAAAAUUACAAUAUGCUAAUAAUAGGAUACCAUCUAAUAAUACCAAAUUAAAUAAUAUGCGUGACAAAAUUAAUUAUAAUAAAAUGGAUUAUGAUUAUAUUUUAACAAAAAAGAAAAAAAAAAGAACAAGCAUUGAAAAAAAUAAUAAACAUAAUGACAUGAUAGGAGAUGUUUAUUACAAAAUUGCUUAUUAUUUAAAAAAAAAUAGGAAAUAUAUGCAAAGAAUAUUAGAAAAAAAUUAUGUCAUUAAAAUUUAUUUAGUGAGACAUAUGGAAGCUUUACAUAAUACAGAAGUAAUAAAAAAUUCAACGAUAUCUAGAGAUAUGAUUUAUAGAAAUAAAGAUUUUUUUGAUUGCCCAGCUAGUGAAGAAGGGAAAAUCAAAUGUGAACAACUCAAAUCGAAAGAUAAUAAACUUUAUCAAAAACUUAUCAAGUUGUACAAUGAGUCUGUUCAUGGUAAGGAUGAACAUACAGGUGACAUUAACAUGAACCAUCAAAAAUAUAACUCUAAAAAUAAAAAUAACAAUAAUAAUAAUAAUAAUCACAGUAAUAGUAAUCACAAUAAUGAUAAUCAUAAUAGUUAUAGUAAUAGUCUACAUCAUAAUCAUAAUACUAGUAAUAAUAAUAAUAUUCUCCAUAAUAAUCAAAGUUAUAGUAAUAGUCUACAUAAUAAUCAAAGUUAUAGUAAUCUUCGCAUUAACGAACAUGCCAAAGGAGCCUUCGAAAAAAAUAACAAUUUUGUUAUUAUUACUUCACCUUUAAGAAGAUGUCUUGAAACGACAAAAUAUUUCCUGAAUUUUAAAAAAAAUAUUAUAGUUUAUGAAGCUGUAAGAGAAACUGCAGGAAACUAUUAUAGCGAUCAAAGAUCAAAAACGUCCGAUAUUAAAAAAUUCUGUGAUCAGAAUUUUGAAGAUUACGAACUUAUUUGCUUUGGUGAAACUGAUUCCUUAUCAGGAAACAAAUAUAGAGAAACAUCCGAACAAGUCUAUUGUAGAUGUUUACAAUUCUUAAAAUUAAUACAUGCAUUAGCUAUCAAUUAUUUUGCAUCAUUAGAAAAAAUCAACGAACAAGAAGAAAUAAAUAAUAAAAAUUUUGAAAAUAUGAAUUCACAAACAUGUACAAAUGAUAUUGUUGAAAAUGUGGAAAACGAAAAACUUUGCUCAGCUAGCCAAAAUGAUAAUUCUUUUGAAAAUAAAGGUAAUAAAGUGAUAAAUAACCUGAACAAUUCAGGUAAAGUAAAUGAAAAAAAAAAAAAAAAAGCUGAAAUGAAGGAUGAUAAUGAAAAAAAAGAAUUUGAUGAGAAUAAUAUAAAAGAGGAGGACGACGACGACGACGACGACCAUUUUACUGUGGAAAAUAAUAAAGAUGUGGAAGAUGAAAAAAUGAAUGAUGAAAUGGUAAAAAAAAGGAAAAAUAAGAAAGAUGUGUAUAAUGUUGUGAUGGUUUCUCAUAGUUCCUUUAUUGUUCAUAUGUUAGCUUUAUUAGAUUAUUUAGAUUUGGAUUUCCGAGGAUUAAAUAAUUGUGAUAUUAGAAAAAUAAGUAUUCCAUUGAGUCAUUCUUUUUUAUUUUAUAAUAAUAUAACGAAUUUACAAAUAGCACGUCCAUUAUCAAUAAAUAAUAUUCCUAUAAGUUAUAUGAAUAAAAAUAAAGCAUUAAAAAAAGCUUAUAAAGAUAAAUAUAUAUAUACAAUAAAUAGUUAUACAGAAUUAGAUGAACUCAUAUGUUCACAACCAUGUACGGUAAUUAUAUAUCAAUAUGAUAUGCUUAUAAAGAAUGAAAAGAAUAAAAAAUAUUUAGACAGUGUACAAAAGUUUAUUGAUAACAGUAAUAAUUAUUAUAGUAGGAACUCGAAUAAAGAAAAACAUGUGUAUUCAAAUGGUUUGUAUAAAAAUUAUGUUUUAAGAAAUAAAAGUUUAGGUCGCAGUGUGUUAAUAUAUGAUGGUAGUGAAUAUCUCAUUUAUGUACCAGAAAAAGGUUCAUGGGAAAUCAAUAAAAAAGGAUAUAUAGUUGGUCAGAAUAUUAUUCUUGUGGUAUUACCAGAGGUAGAAUCUAAAAUUAUAAAUAAAGAAAAUGUUGGAGAAGAGGAGUACGUAUCUUUGAAUACUAAAAAUAAAGAACAAAAUGAAAAUUAUAAAAAAACAUCACAUUAUUUACAAAAUGUAAUUGAUGUUAUAAAGAAUUAUGAUAGUAUACAAGAUCUAAUAAAGUCAAUUGAUUUUUGGAUUACCUUAAAAGAAAAUAUAAAAAAUAUAGAUAUACCUACGUUUCAAAAAUAUUUGAUUGAAAAAUAUAAUAAAAUUAUAAAAAAUGAAAUGGAUGUAUGUUAUGUAGAUAUUGUCGGAUGUAUCGAGAACGAAGAAUUUAUGAAAAAAAAUGAGCAUAAAUGUAAUGGAUAUUUGAAAAGUCUAAAAGAAAAAUAUGAAAAAAAUAAUGAUAUAAAUUUUGAAGAGGAGUGUAAAUAUAUUAACGAAAAUUUUAUAGAAGAAAUAUUUACUUCUGAUUAUUCUUUACCAAAUGUAGAUAUAAAAAAUGAAAAAGAUAUAUCAAGUCAUAAUAAAAAUAAAAAUAAUGAUAAUAAUAAUAAUAAUAAUAAUAAUAAUGAUUUUCAUAAUAAUAAUAUUCAUAAUAAUAAUAGUUAUAUACAAAAUAAUGACUUCCUUGAAGAAAAUAUAAUAAGAAAAAAAUUUAUUUAUAUACCAAAAAAAGAUAGUAACAAUAUAAAAAUUCAGUCCAAUAUAAAACAAACAUAUAAAGAUGAAAAACAAAAUAAAAGUUUCCUUCAAGAAAAUAUUAACGUAUUAAAAUCUUUUCCACAAUCUAUUCAAAAUUUAAGUGUAGAAAUGUUUUAUCGUGAUAAUUAUUUUUAUUUCCAUUGUUUAAAUAAGUAUAUUAAAAGUAAAAACAAAAUCGAAGGUUUAAUUAUUUGUAAAUUAUUGACAUAUCUUGAUCUUUUAAGAUCAUAUAAUACACAUGGAUUAAAUAAAACAUUUCAAAGAUUAAUCAAUAUAGAAGAAAAAAUUGAUAACAAUACAAAAGGUAUAGGGGAAACACUUAAUACAUAUUCUCUUGAUAUAAAUCCUGUGCAUGCUAAUAAUACUUCUUACUAUGGAGAGGGACCAAAAAAAUAUAAGAUCAUUUUUUCAAUACCAGGAAGGAAAAAAAGUGUGGUUGAUGAUUUGAAUUUUUUGAGAUAUAAUAUACUUACCGUAGCCGGAGGUGCCGAGAACGUUUACAUUUUGAAUGUUUUAAAAUGA